AUCCGCCCCCGGGGCAUGACCUUGACCGGUGACCGGGCGCCGCGCGGGUCGCGGUCAGCUGACCCGGCAGUCGAGCGGUCAGUGUGCGCGGCGGUUGGGUGGUCGGCUCUCGACAGCAAAAGUGACGGAAACCAUGGAUGUUUCUUCGGUCAAGAAUUGGAUGUCCUGGUCCGCUGUGUGGUUUCCCGCCUGCUUUGCUCCGCAAUGCCUUGUCUGCAAUACCCCAGAUGAUCACCCUCGGCCGAGCUACAUGCCGAAUCAGCCGGGGCCCGAGGAUCCCUCCGCCGCCGCCGGCACCGCUCCAAUGGCCAACCAUCACUAUGACGAGGCCAACGAGCACAUCUGCUACCAGAUGGCCGUCAAGCUGGGCCUCAACGUCGCCCUCAGCCCCAUCGACAACGCCAAGCUGCUGAUGCAGAUCGGGUUCGAGCCGCUGCCGCCCACCCCGACCAAGACCCUGUUCGGUCGGCCGGUGCUGGGACUGCCCAAUGUCUUCAAAUACAUGAACUACAUGAGGAAGCGGGACGGCUUCUGGGGUCUGUACCGCGGCAGCACAUCCCGGAUCGUGUGCCAGCUGGUUUCCGGCUGCACCUUCCACCAGGUCACCAGCCGGAUCACAUUCAAGGAGGAGGACCGUCUGCGGAGGAAGCGCGAGGAAGAUCUGACCGAGGACGAGCUGAGGAAGCUGUUCAUGAUGGCCACUCUGCGUGACCUGGGCGGGCGGCUGACCUGCAUCAUCCUCACCCACCCCCUGACUGUGGUGAAGAUUCGCUGCAUCGCCCAGUUCAUCGGUCAGGAGACGCAACACAGUGGCAUUCUCUCCUCGAUGCGUUCCAUCUACCAGGAGAACGGCAUCCUGGGCUUCUUCGCCGGCCUGGUGCCGCGCCUGCUCGGCGACCUGCUGUCGGCGCUGCUGGUCGCCUCGCUGACCUACGUCGUCAACAACUACGUCGUGGAGGACAAGGAGCUGAAGACGUACACCGGAUCGACGAUGGCUUACAUCGGCUCGGCGCUCACCUACCCGUUCCAUGUGGUGAGCACCUGCUCGGCCGUCUCCAACUCGGGUCUGGUGGCCGGCUCGCCGCCGUACAUGCCGCACUACUCCUCCUGGGUGGACUGCUGGCGGGACCUCAGCGCCGGCAACCAGCUCAAACGCGGAGGAUCCAUCUUCUUCCGCUACUAUACCGGCCCGCAGGUGGUACUGGGCGGCCGUGUGGUGCCCGUCGGUAACUACCCCGGCUCGGGCGUGGCGCCGCUGCAGUGAUCCGCCUGCCCUGUCUACUGGCAAUGUCCGGUACUGGCAGACACCGAACGAGCUCUACGGCGGUCUUCUGCCGACCUUCCCAACGCCGGGUCAUCCGUGUGUCUGUGUGUAACCAGGGGAGGGAGCACCAGUCGGGCUAGGAAGUCUCCGUCUGGGAGAGAGUAGGUCUGCAGAGGGAUGUGUUCCCCGGAUGGGAAGCCCCCGCACCUGUGCUGCCGUUACGGGGCGCCCGCAGCUGUAGGGGGCGCGGGAAGGGACGGUGAUAACCGGCGGCGCUGCCCCCUGUGACACCUGUGACGAGCGUGACGCGUGUGUGACGAGGGGUGGCCGGGCGCCCGCCAGUGUGCUGUGUGGGGAUUUCAUACCGGGGCAUCGGGGCGCCGCCCAGUCGCACGAGCAUCCCUCUAGAAACGGGGUGCUGCGCCUGCCGGUCUUUGGUAAUGUGGCGCAAUGCAGCUUUCUCGUGUAUAGCGCGGCGCAAUGCUACUUAGUGGCCAACUAAUUCACGUAAAUAUACGCACAUAGGUCUUU